GACAGCAAAUGAGAAUUAAAUAUGCACCCAUCAAACCUAUACAAAGGGUAUCAAGUAUUCGUGGAUCAUCUGCUGUUGAAGGUGUCUCCAUUUUGGAUCGCCUUGGUGGUGUUGCUCGCAGUGGAUUAGUGCUUGGACGAAAUGUAAACAAUGAUACUGCUCCAGUAUCUCGUGGGC